AUGGAGAAGGAUAUGUCCGAACUGGCAGACGCGGAGCACCAAGAAAUUGAUAGCCCCGCGGACCUCGACACCGAACCUUAUGGGCCACCGGGUUUCCGCGGCAUUGCUGCAUCUCGCUAUGUUGCCCUAUGUGCUUCCUUCAGCGCCAUUGGCGGUCUGCUUUUCGGCUAUGACCAGGGCGUCAUCUCCGUCAUCCUUGUGAUGCCCGAGUUUCUCGGCCGUUUCGAGCAGGUAUCCGACACAGCAUCCGGCGCCGGCUUUUACAAGGGUCUGAUGACCGCGAUGAUUACGCUUGGCGCUUUCAUCGGUGCCCUGAACCAGGGCUGGGUUGCCGACGCAUACUCACGAAAGUAUUCGAUAAUGAUUGCCGUCGUCGUAUUCACAAUCGGAUCAGCGCUGCAAACCGCAGCGGUUGACUAUGCAAUGCUUGUUAUUGCUCGGCUCAUUGGUGGCAUUGGCAUCGGCAUGCUGAGCAUGGUAGUGCCUCUCUACAUAUCCGAGAUCUCGCCUCCAGAAAUCCGGGGCACGCUGCUCGUUUUGGAGGAGCUAAGCAUCGUCUUCGGCAUUGUCGUCUCCUUCUGGAUCACGUACGGGACGCAGUACAUAAAGUCUGACUGGUCCUGGCAACUGCCUUUCCUCCUGCAGAUGGUCCCGGGUUUGUUCCUCGGGUUCGGUGCCAUCUUCCUCCCGUUUUCGCCCCGUUGGCUCGCAUCCAAAGGACGCGAACAGGAUGCACUACACAACUUGGCGCGACUCAGGUGCCUGCCGCCUUCAGACUCGAAGGUCCAACGGGAGUGGCUGGAGAUUAUCACAGAGUCCAAAUUUCAGCGGGGGAUUUUGGCCGAGCGCCAUCCGACGCUCGUCAACGGCGGCACCAUGGAGAAGCUGAAGCUCGAAGUGGUGGCCUGGGCCGACUGCUUCAAGAAGGGCUGCUGGCGGCGGACCCAUAUUGGCGCGGGCCUCAUGUUCUUCCAGCAGUUUGUUGGCAUCAACGCUCUGAUUUACUACAGUCCUACUCUCUUUGGCACAAUGGGCUUGGAUCAUAACAUGCAGCUCAUCAUGUCGGGGGUUCUAAAUGUGACGCAGCUCAUUGGUGUCCUGACCAGUCUAUGGACCCUCGACCGCUUUGGCCGGCGCAAGAUCCUCAUGUAUGGGAGCGUCGGCAUGUUCAUCUCUCAUUUCAUCAUCGCUAUUUUGGUUGGCCUCUACUCUCACAAUUGGCCCGCUAAUACAAGCAAAGGAUGGACGAGCGUUGCGUUCCUGCUCUUCUACAUGCUUGCUUUUGGCGCAAGCUGGGGCCCGGUGCCUUGGGCCAUGCCAUCUGAAAUCUUCCCUUCCUCACUGCGAGCCAAGGGCGUCUCCAUCUCUACCUGCUCUAAUUGGAUCAAUAACUUUAUUGUGGGCCUGAUCACGCCGCCUCUGGUGCAGAACACUGGAUUCGGUGCCUACGUCUUCUUCGCCGUCUUUUGUUUCUUGUCGUUUGCGUGGACAUUCUACUUUGUGCCCGAGACGAAUGGCAAGACGUUAGAGGAGAUGGACGAGGUAUUUAAAGAUCACAGCAGCGUUGAAGAGUUGGAAAGGAAGAGGAGGCUCUUUGCUCAGACUGUGCGAGAACGAACAGCGCAAAACACAGUUGCGUGA